UAUCACAAUUCUAUUAAAAUUACAUCGAUUCAAACAAAAUGAAGAGUAAAAAACAAGAAAAAACUAAAAAAUCGACAGAGUCUUCUACCAAGAGCGGAAAUUCAAAAAUUAAAAAGGUUUCUGAUAAUGCCUUCAAAAAACUCCGAGUCCCGAAUCGACUACAUCGUGAAACGUUCAAAACCUUGAUGAUUUCUAAGAAGCAAAAUACAAUUUCUGCUGAUAAAAAGACGGCAUAUGAGAUGAGAACGCUUGGCGGACAACAUAAAGGAUUUUUGAAAAUUGAUUUACCCUCGGAAAUCAUGAACAAUCAGGCACACAAAGUCGGAAUGCCUGAUCGUUACUCAACAACCUUGUUUGCACCGCCCGUUCCAGAAAACAAAGCUCAAAUUCAUUAUUUGUACAAUACAUAUAAUUUUAUGGAUGAUCUUACAAAAUAUGACAUUUAUCGACGAGCUGCACAUUUCUUCAUGAUGAUCCCGACGAAGAAAAGAGUUUCUGAUCGAGUGAAAUUGGCUGGAACUGCAGUGUGCUCAGUUUUCGACGUGAAAAGAAGAAGGGAAAAACUCAGAUUGCGAGGAAGAUCGAGACCUGAUUAUUCAAAUUAUGGUAAACGAAUGUUGGAGUCACCGAGAAUGUUGGUAGCAAAGUUUCUGAAAUACGGUCAGCCAUACUUUGGCCAACUCAUCACAUCCCAUAAAGAAGAAGCAAAUAAGAUGACAAAGACGUUGGUUGAGAACCUAAAAGAGAAUCUUCGCACAAAUACGAAGGAAACAAAAGGCCGCAUUCUGAAGUUCUUGAGGCACAAUCACGAUUGGAUGAAGGAUCGGAUGCUGUGCUGUCGGGAUCCGAUGUUUCUCAAAUUUAACCGCAAUCGCUUGUACACGAAUGUUGUGAAACACCACCAAUCAAUGCCCUACCGCAAACGUGGAGAUCAAGAUUUGUUCAGCGAAUUCAAUUUUCUGUCACCCCAUCUCGCAUUUUCUGUUCAUUUCUGCCGAGUUAUCAAAAAGUUUCGAAUCAAUAUGGCCAAGGAAGAUGAAGUGCUACAAAAGCAUUGCAAAUUGAAAACAUUGAUCCGUGUGCGUACUUCUCGAUAUGCUCAUUUUCCAGCAAUAUCGGUUGUCAAUUACAACAGUGGUAAUCAGCUUCAACUUACGAUUCCUCGAACUCCGAAGCGUCCUCCUUCUAUUGUCACUGUCAGUGGAUACUCAAGUGACAGUGCAAACUCAGCUGGAACUGAUACUCCAUUGGAUUGGGAACUUGAUUGGAAGCUUACUGACACUGUAAUGGAGCAUCAGAUGACUUUCACGGGAGACACGAGUCGAUGCAGUGUUCAGCGAGCUGCGGAAAAGAAUUUCAAUAGACGAAAGUGGCGAGAAAUGACAAGAAGAAAGCAACUUUUGUUUAAAGCGGAUUCACGAUUUGAGUUGCAAGACACUGUGCCAAUUUUUAAACAGCUCACCACAAUGCAUCCAUCACUAAUUUACUGUAAACUUCGUGGAAUGGAAUUGAACAAAUUGGUUCGGAGACAGUCCUCUGAAAAAUCAGAUGCCCCAUCAGUAGCUCAAAGUGCAACUUCAUAUUUGUUUCAACAACGCAUUACUUUCUUGGAGAAGACACUUCCAUCUAAGAAUGAUACGAAAAUUGUGCUUACUCCCGGAUGGAGAACGUUUGCAAUCAGGGAGAAAUCUGAGAAAUUUCCAAAUGUCUCAAGAAUUUUGAGACAAAAAACUUCGUGGGUUUCGAAGAAUUGUAUGUCGAGAAGUGCAACAGUUCCAAGAUGUGACAAACUUCCAAUGACUGUUGAGGUUCCACACAAAAAGCUGCUCCUCGUUCUUAUUCUGCUUCUGACACUCGGAUUGGUCAUCGCUGCAAUUGCCAUGAUCAGUUUUUUGUAAACUCGUUAAUUCAUGUUUUUUACAGUAUUAUUUAUUCAUUCUUGAAAGACAAUAAAAAAAUAUUAUA